AAUCAUUUUUGAUUUUUAGUUCCAUGCAUUCAUGGUUCCAUGAUUCAAAAUUCUAAGCGAUACAAGACAGUGAAAAGUCUUUCAGUGGUUUUCUAAAGAUGAAAAAUUAAUUUCCAAACCUAUAAAAGAAACGAAACCUAAAAACCAAAAAGCUAAAAAUUAGACAUUUUUCGUACAUUAAAAACAAAAAUGUAAAAAUGUACGAAAUUAGUUUUCUGUAACUGCUCUUGAUUCGCCACUCGCAAUCUGCUCACAACCAGAGAGUAAAAAAAAAAGAAGAGAAGGUAUAUAAAAUUCCGAAACUGCCCUUUCAUUCAAAAGCCUCUUUCCAUUGGUCGGAUUAUUCAUUCAAUCUUGAGAACUCAGUCAGUUAUUACGCAUCGUUCGAGAGAGAAAUAGUGUGUGGUGAAAGAUUCUAUUACGUUGACGACAACGAACUCGUAACACGUGAUAAAUUGUUUCAAUAGUAAAAUAAAAAUAUGUCCAGCGAUAAUAAAAUUGAAACCUGUUCAGAUGGAAUUUCGAGAUUAAUGAUUGAUACAGUAAAAGUGAGACAAAGACGAAGUAAAGGUGAAACAAGAGGGCAACGAGGAACAGGAUUAACACAUGAAUGUGGAGUUUUUGGCUGCAUUGCUGCCGGCGAUUGGCCAUCAUCAAUUGAUGUUGGUCAAGUUGUUUGUCUCGGUUUGGUGGCCCUGCAGCAUAGAGGACAGGAAAGUGCAGGAAUUGUAACGAGCGAGGGUGUUUGCGCAAAAUCAUUUCACGUUCACAAGGGAAUGGGAAUGAUAAAUAAUAUUUUCAAUGAUGACAGUAUGAAAAAGUUGCGAGGAAAUUUAGGAAUUGGUCACACAAGAUAUAGUACGAGUGCGGCGAGUGAAGAAGUUAAUUGUCAACCAUUUGUUGUUCACACAGCUCAUGGUGCAUUGGCAGUUGCUCACAAUGGUGAACUCGUCAAUACUGAAUCUUUGAGAAAAAUGGUUUUGGGCCGAGGAGUCGGUCUCUCAACGCAUUCAGAUUCGGAAUUAAUCACACAAGCAUUGUGCCUCAAUCCACCUGAGGGUGAAUUAAAUGGACCCGACUGGCCAGCGAGAAUUAAACAUUUAAUGCAAUUGGCACCACUUUCUUAUUCGCUCGUCAUAAUGCAGAGGGAUAAGAUUUACGGUGUUCGCGAUCCCUAUGGAAAUCGACCUCUUUGUUUGGGAAAAAUUGUCCCCGUUGGUAAUCUAGGUAACGAUUCCGACGAGGAAAACGAUGCCGAAGGUUGGGUAAUUUCAUCAGAAUCGUGUGGUUUCCUCAGCAUUGGCGCACGAUACGUUCGAGAAGUAUUUCCCGGUGAAAUUGUUGAAUUAACACGAGAAGGCAUCAAGACAAUUGACAUCAUUGAGAGGCCUGACAAAAAACCCCAGGCAUUUUGCAUCUUUGAAUACGUUUACUUUGCCAGAAGCGAUAGUAUUUUCGAAGGUCAAAUGGUCUAUUCAGUUCGAAUGCAAUGUGGAAGAGUUUUAGCCCUAGAAUCUCCUGUCGUGGCCGAUAUUGUCAGUUCGGUUCCCGAAUCGGGAACAGCUGCAGCACACGGUUAUGCAAGACAGUCACAAAUUCCUUUUGCAGAAGUUCUUUGCAAAAAUCGAUACGUUGGCAGAACGUUUAUUCAGCCAAGCACACGAUUAAGACAAUUGGGAGUGGCGAAAAAAUUCGGUGCCUUGUCUGAAAAUGUCAAAGGCAAAAAAUUGAUUUUAAUCGACGACUCAAUUGUCCGAGGAAACACCAUUGGUCCAAUUAUCAAACUGCUUCGAGACGCUGGAGCAAAAGAGGUCCAUAUAAGAAUUGCUUCACCGCCUCUGAAGUAUCCCUGCUAUAUGGGAAUAAAUAUUCCCACGAGAGAGGAAUUAAUUGCAAAUAAAUUGGACAGCGUGAAAUUGGCGAAACACGUCGGCGCUGAUAGUUUAACAUAUCUUUCAGUUGACGGUCUCGUUGACGCUGUCAGACACGGAAUGGAUAAUCGAGAAAGUAGUUACAUCGGUCACUGCACUGCUUGUUUGACCGGCGAAUAUCCCGAUGAAUUACCAGGCGACUUGGGUUGGUGAGGACUCAAUUUCAUUCGGGAACAUUCCUAAUUUAAAUGAGAGAGAAAAAACAAGUUCAACUUGUUCUCUAUUUUUUCAAAUGCUUGUGUCUCGUUGCUCAUAGAGAUUUAUCAAAUUUUCAAUUUAGACAAUUUUUUUUUAAAGAAAAUAUAAUAAUUUUAAUGUUAGAAGAAAAAAUAUUUUUUGAUAAUUUUUAAUGAUUGAGAAACAAUUUUAAAAAGCAGGAUGUAAAUUUGUUCUUGGAUCAAUAUUGUACUUACUGAAUACGGUAAAUUGAUAUAGGAAUUUUUGGUAAAGGAAGCAGCUGAUCAUCUUGCAGUACUUUUAUUUAAAUAAAAUAGAUUUUUUUUAUGAA